AUGAAGUUAGCCCUUUAUGCUGAUACUACCACUCAGGAUUAUGACUUAUGGAGAAAACGACAAGUAAAUAGUCAACAAAUCUCACCGAUGAGUUACACUUUCCAGAAUCCUUUCUCAGAAGAAAUGCCAUCCGAGCUGGAAGUAGCGAGACAUGAAUUUGAACGUGAAAAGGCCAAGCUGUUACGGGAUAUUAGUUCUCUUCAAGAGGAAAAUUACCAGCUAAAGAUCGGGGUCCAAAUUGAAGAAUCCAAAUCCAUGAAAUCCGAACGUCAAGAGCUAAGAAGGAAAGUACAAGAUCUAGAAAAUAUGCUGCAAUCUAGUCAGCAACAGUUAGAUACUCUUCUAAAAGCUCUAGAAGAAAAGAAUGAUCAGCACGACAGAGACACUCGCACCUACGAAAGAGCUCUCCAAGAAAAGGAAAUGCAACUCAGCUUUUUGAUAAAUGAAAUUCGCAAUGCGACUAUACAAGUCAUGCAAUCAUCAGAUGAAGUCGAAACUCUCAGUUGCCAAUUCCCUCUGAGUCAAAGAUCAAGCAUAUCAGAAUUCUUAGAACGAGUGAAGAAACAAGGCGAUGUGGCUAGAAAAUUUAUGUAA